AUGGAUACAUGGCAACAUUUGGCAUUAUCUGCCAUAUUUGUCAUUCUGUUGUUUAUCAGCGAGCAACUGUCCAGCUGGAUCCAUGCCCCAAAAAUUACUCGCCAUGGCAUCGCGCUGAGGAAAGCCCCCGACACAUUGCCAUUCCUCGGCAAUGGUAUCAAAUUCAUCCAGCCUCGCCAGAAACUCUUUGACUGGUUCACCAAGUGCAUCCAUCUGUACGGCCGAGAAACCCUCCUCAUCACUGUGCCCUCUUUGCCCCCAGGUGUCAUUAUCUCCGAUCCCGCGAAUCUCGAUUUUGUCUUCAAAAAUGAGCCCAUAUUUCAAAAAGGCGCAUUCUUCAAAACAAGAUUAAACGAUCUGUUUGGAAAUGGAAUCGUCAAUUCUGAUGGCGACCAAUGGAAGAGGCAGAGGAAGGUCGGGGUACAGCUACUCGCUGGCGCAAACAUGAACAUCGUCACCAGUCAUGAGCUUCCAGCCAUCCUAGGGAAGACUAUUCGACACCUUUCUGAAAAGGCUGAUACUGCGGAGAUUGUCGAUCUCGAUGCCAGUAUCCUGGAAAUCACCACACAGCUUAUUAGCAAGAUGGUGUACGGCGUUGAGCUGCAAAGCCAAGACAGCUUCACCCAAGCUUUUGACUACUCUGCUGGCGUUGUUUCCGAGCGCUUUCAGAACCCACUAUGGCGCUUCACCGAAGUCUUCUCUGGCUACCAGUUUCAAAGAGCCUUGAAGCUUAUAAAGACUCGCGGCGCACAGCUCGUCUCACAUUCUCUUUUAACCAAAGACUCUGACCCGUGCUUCGGCAGCACAGAUCUACGAAGAGCUUCCGAGGGUUUCUUGAAAGGCCUUCGAAAGGCUCUCGGUAGCGAUGACCUUGUCGCAGAAUCAGCGCUGAACUUCCUCUCUGCUGGCAGAGAUACCACCGCCCAGGCGUUAUCUUGGACCUUUUAUCUACUCAUGAGGCAGCCCAAUGCGGUGCGCAAAAUCAGAGAGCUGAUGGGGACUUCUUUCUCCCACCAUUCGCCAUCCAAGUCUUCUGGCGGCGAGCCCUCCCUAGAGGCGGUCGCCUACAUUACUGCAGUGUUCUAUGAAACGAUACGACUGUAUCCCCCUAUUCCUUUUGAGAUCAAACAGGCACAGUCCGAUGUUCUGCUGCCUGAUGGGACUUUGCUUCCAAGUAAAUCAAUCGUGGUUUGGUGCACCUGGGCAAUGAAUCGUUCAAAAGACACCUGGGGAGAGGAUGCUGCUGAAUUUCGCCCAGAGAGAUGGCUCAUGGACGGACGCAUGCGAUACAGGGAAGCUGCUGAGUUUCCAGUCUUUCAGGGUGGACCGCGACUCUGUCUGGGUAAAAAGAUGGCUGAAAUGGUUGCCGUGCAGGUCAUUUUGGAACUGGUCUCUUUGUUCAACUUUUCGCCGGCUUAUGAGGGUGAGAAGGUGAGUCGGAAUCAUUUAACACUGCCAAUGGAAGGGGGUCUCAAAGUCUACGUCAAGAAGCUGUAA